UCCGUCGUGACAACAGUGUUUCCAGGGUACGGAUACUAUGGGCACAGCGCUGCCAUAUAAAUCAACCUAGAAUAAAAACAAAAAACUGCCUUAAGCGCUUGAGCUUCACAGUCCCUAUACAAUCAGCGUGAGACGCUACAGUCUACACUUCAAACAUGCCGAGUAAUAAACACGACAAACCCGAGAUAAGCGACAACGUCAAGGUUGUUGUGAGAUGUCGUCCACUCAACCAGAAGGAGAAACAGAUGGGCAGCAAACAGGCCGUCAGUGUGGACGAGAUCCGAGGGACCAUCACCGUUAACAAACUAGAAACUCAGCAUGAACCGCCCAAAUGCUUCACCUUCGACACUGUGUUUGGGCCAGACAGCAAACAGCUUGAUGUUUACAAUCUCACAGCCCGACCUAUCAUAGACUCAGUCUUAGAGGGUUACAAUGGAACUAUCUUUGCAUAUGGGCAGACUGGCACUGGUAAAACGUUCACCAUGGAGGGCGUAAGGGCAGUGCCAGAGCUCAGGGGCAUCAUUCCCAACUCCUUCGCUCAUGUCUUCGGUCACAUCGCAAAGGCAGAGGGUGACACCCGGUUUCUGGUCCGUGUGUCAUACCUGGAGAUCUACAAUGAAGAGGUUAGGGACUUACUGGGCAAGGAUCAGUUGCAGAGGCUUGAGGUUAAAGAAAGGCCAGAUGUUGGCGUCUACAUCAAAGACCUCUCAGGAUACGUAGUGAACAAUGCAGAUGACAUGGACAGAAUCAUGACACUGGGCCAUAAAAACCGUUCUGUGGGUGCCACCAACAUGAACGAGCACAGCUCUCGUUCCCACGCCAUAUUCACCAUCACCAUCGAGUGCAGCGAGAAAGGUGUGGACGGGAACCAGCACGUGCGGAUGGGGAAACUCCAUCUGGUCGACCUGGCCGGUUCGGAGAGACAAGGGAAGACAGGCGCCACGGGGCAGCGCUUGAAGGAAGCCACCAAGAUCAAUCUCUCGCUCUCCACCCUGGGGAACGUCAUCUCCGCUCUGGUGGACGGCAAGAGCACCCACGUGCCUUACAGGAACUCCAAACUCACCCGCCUGCUGCAGGAUUCGCUUGGUGGCAACUCCAAGACCAUGAUGUGUGCGAACAUCGGCCCUGCGGACUACAACUACGACGAGACCAUCAGCACGCUGCGCUACGCCAACCGGGCCAAGAACAUCAAGAACAAGGCCCGCAUCAACGAGGACCCCAAGGACGCACUGCUGCGGCAGUUCCAGAAGGAGAUCGAGGACCUCAAGAAGAAGCUGGAGGAAGGGGAGGAGAUCUCUGGCUCGGAGGCCAGCGGCUCCGAGGAGCUGGACGACGGAGACGAGGAAGGAGGAGAGGCGGGAGAAGGCCGCAGGAGAAGAAGAGGAAGCAGAGGAAGUAGCUCAGGCUCUGUCUGCUUCACCUCAGUGUUGCAGGCCACCACUGAGAACAAGGCUCUUACCAGGAAGAAGAAGGUCUCCCCUGACAAGAUGUUGGAGAUGCAGGCGAAGAUCGAAGAGGAGCGAAAGGCUCUGGAGGCCAAGCUAGACAUGGAGGAGGAAGAGAGGAACAAGGCCAGGGCCGAGCUGGAGAAGAGGGAGAAGGACCUGCUCAAAGCUCAGCAGGAGCACCAGUUGCUGCUGGAGAAGUUGUCUGCCCUGGAGAAGAAGGUGAUUGUGGGAGGCGUGGAUCUGCUGGCCAAGGCUGAGGAGCAGGAGAAGCUCCUGCAGGAGUCCAACAAUGAACUGGAGGAACGCCGGAGACGGGCUGAGCAACUUCGCAGAGAACUGGAGGAGAAAGAGCAAGAGCGUCUGGACAUCGAAGAGAAAUACACCAGCUUGCAGGAGGAGGCCCAAGGGAAGACCAAGAAGCUGAAGAAGGUUUGGACCAUGCUGAUGGCGGCAAAGUCAGAGAUGGCUGACCUGCAGCAGGAGCAUCACAGGGAGAUUGAAGGCCUGCUGGAGAACAUCCGCCAGCUGAGCCGCGAACUCCGCCUCCAGAUGCUCAUCAUAGACAACUUCAUCCCCCAGGACUACCAGGAGAUGAUAGAAAACUAUGUGCACUGGAAUGAAGAUAUAGGAGAGUGGCAACUGAAAUGCGUGGCGUACACUGGUAACAAUAUGAGGAAACAGACCCCAGCACCGGACAAGAAAGAAAAAGAUCCCUUCGAGGUGGACCUGUCCCAUGUGUACCUGGCCUACACAGAGGAGAGUAUGCGCCAGUCCCUUAUGAAACUAGAAAGACCCCGGACCUCCAAGAGCAGCAAAAGCGGUCGACCCAAGACCGGCAGGAGGAAGAGAUCUGCAAAGCCAGAGGCUGUAAUCGAAUCCCUCUUGCAAUGAAGUCUUCUUAAUGUUGCCUUGCUAAGCAAACCCACGUUUAAACUUAGGAACUGAAGUCAUUAUUUUGAAGAUUUGUAUUAUUUGUUUUUAGUUAUGUAAAAGGUUAAUUGGAAUACACUGUAUGGUUUUAAAUGUGACGAUGUUUGGACACUACUCAAGAUUGAGGGAUGUAUAAAGUGUAAUCUGUUAUUAUUCGGGUUGUUAGAUCCAACAAUAGAAAAGAAUAACUUAUGCAGCCGAAUGUACACGAUUCAAUGGAUCUUGGACCGAAACACAGCUCAUAGAAAACAUUUCUUAGGUUGCCUCAAAUGGAAUUGGUGCACUUUCUGAAACAGAAACGAUACCUUUAUCACCAGGUAAAUGAGUUUCACAUAAUGAUACGGAUCGAUAGAGACCAAAUAAUUACCAAUGUCCAGUCUGUCAGUCAAAUAUCCCCAGACAUUUGGCUAAUGUUGUCUAGGAUCACUGGUAAUGCGUUGAAUUAUAUAGUACAGAAUUUCAUGCUAAAGCUUUAAGUGUUAACUAUAGUAAUCAAAGCAAGGGUUAGAUCUAGCAUUUUGUUUGUCAUCAAAUCAGUGACCUUAACUUGUAGAAAACCAUGUCAGUAUACUAAUGUCUUGUUGUAAAUGGUAGGACAUGCAUGCCAUCCACGGCCUACAGUAGUGACAUUUUUUAAAUUAGAAACUAAGCAAAUCUUUCUUCUUUCUCUCAGAUAUCUUUUGAGAUGUAGCCUACAAGCAUAUACAUUAGUGUCAAAUGCACUAGCAAUUUUUUUUUUCACAUUGUUGCAUAAUUUCAUAACAUGGUGUACUGCAGUGCAAGAAAAGAGGCGUUAUAUCAUGCUGUAUGUCAACUGUUUACAUUCACCAAUCUUUAUCUCUGUAAAGUUAAUUUAUUAAAUUAUUCCAUGUAUUAUUUUCACAUAUUUUGUUGAAUUCAGUCGUUGCAAUCCAUUUCUCAAUUGGUUCACCCAUGCAAUGUUAUCAAUUAAUGUGAAAUAUUUGCAAAUCAAUUGGAAGAAUCUAGAAUACCUUAUUGUUUGUUAAAUUCUUCACAUUACUGAAGGAAAGAAAAAACCUAAAUCCAUUAUACUGUUGACCCUCAUCUAAUGUCGGUAUCUGUAUACGCACAUUCAUCUGCACUAUUCAUAUCUAUAAACAUCCCCACACCUGCACAGACACACACCCGCACCAACACAAGUUGAUACAUAAUGAAAUAAUUAAUUAAUUAAUUAAUUAAUUAGGGAGGGAUAAAGAGUAGAUUUGCCUGCUAGUAUACAACAUACAAUUUUUUGGAGUAAUUACAGUUAUAUUUUGGGCUGGAAACCUCAAUCAACCUCAGUCUGUGAGUGAGUAAACCUGCCCUGAAACAAAUAAAAUGCAAUACAUUUGCAGUG